GCUGGAUGUAGAACUUUUACGGCGGUUACGGUGGUGUGUAGGAAGAUCCGGCACGCCGAAACCGAUAUAAGAAAGGCUUACCGGGGCGUAUAGAGUCACUUCACAACGUGCCGUUCACCGGAGAGCUCAUUUCGCCGGUUCGAUCAUGCAAACGUCCGUGAAUUUACUGUUACUACUGCUGGGGGUGGCGGCCGCGUCGCUCGGUCCAUUCAGCGAACUUUACGCCUGGAAACAACUCGAUUUCGAAUUUCCAAAUUCGAACGCUCGCGAGAAAGCCAUCGCAUCUGGUGAUUUCAUACAGAUCAACAAUCUCCCGGUGGGUAUCGGAGUUUGGAAGGACAAAUUGUUCGUCACCGUGCCGAGAUGGAAGAAGGGUGUCCCUUCGAAUUUGAACUACAUUUCACUGUCAAAAACGAUGGACAACAAGUCGCCAGCUCUGAUUCCAUAUCCUGACUGGGAGACCAACGACAUCAAUAAAACCGACGGUGAACCGAUCGUGAAUAUUUUCCGCAUAGCUAUCGACGCCUGCGAUCGUUUGUGGGCGAUCGAUGCGGGCUCCAACGAUAUCAUGGGUGACAAUACCCUGGUUACGCCCGUCCAGAUAAUCGUCAUAGAUCUGAAUACCGACAAAAUCGUUCGACGUUACGCGCUCACCGAUGCCGAUCAAAAGUUCGAGUCAUUCUUCGCAAAUCUGGUGGUGGACGCCGAAGCUGGAUCUUGCGACAAGGCUUACGCUUACGUUUCGGACCUCGGCGCCAACGGACUCGUCGUUUACAGUUGGGAACAGGAUAAAUCUUGGAGAGUGACCCAUAACUUUUUCGCUUUCGAUCCGCUUCACGGUGAUUUCAACGUCAGCGGUAUCAACUUCCAGUGGACCGACGGUAUCUUUGGAAUGGCUCUAAGCCCCCUGCAAAACGACGGGUACAAAAACCUUUACUUUCACGCUCUCGCUUCCACCACCGAGUUCGUCGUCUCGACGAGUGUACUUCAAAACGAACCACUGGCCACAUCGAGCAAAAACUAUUAUCACUUCAAGAGACUCGGUUACAAGGGUGAUUUCGGUCAGUGUACCACGUCGGUCAUGGAUUGGAAGACCGGCGUCGCCUUCUUCGGUGCGGUGAAUAAAAAUGGGAUCGCCUGUUGGAACACCAAGGAACCCCUGGACCAGUCGAACUUCCGUAUGGUCGCGGAGGAUCGCGAGGCGUUGGUAUUUCCCAAUGACGCAAAAAUUGCCAGAGACGAACGACUGCUCUACGUCAUAACCGACAAGAUGCCGAUUUUCCAAUACGCCGAAAUAAACCCCGAUCAAAUCAAUUAUCGUAUCCUACGAGCCCCGGUGGACGAGGCGGCGAAAAUUUGCAUGCAGUGAAACGUGGAAAUCGAUCGUUCUGCAAGCGAAGCGCGAAAUCCAGUGCAGGGGUGAAAUAAUUAUGUGAAUUGAACGACCGCCAUCGCCAAAUUACCGUACGGCGGUAUCAGCGGUCAACUGAUUUUGUAAAAUUAUAUUCGCACUUACUGUCUCGUAGAAUUUAUUCUGACUUGGAUCGGAUCGUUCGACGAUUUGUUACGAGACUCCCGCUAACCCGGAAAUAUUGGGAAUCUUGAGGGGAUAUUGAACUCACGAUAUGGUGCUAACGUUCUCACUAUUAGAUUAGAAAGAGUCGUGUUUGCCGACGAUGAUGUGUACAUGCAAACAAACAAAAUGCCAAUACUGGCUUGAAAAAAUACGAAUCCGUCGAAACAUUGA